CUUUUUGAGUGUGCCUCUCCCUGCCACAUUCAAGAGGAACUAGCACUGAGCAUCUACUGCCUCACAGUUGAUUUGUAAGUAUCUGCAUGUCCUCUAUAUGUGUGACUUGAACCCCAGCUGUAAGGAUGAGAAGAAAGGCUCCGUCUACCUGUGCAGUGAGACUCGCAUGUGUCCAUAGAGAACAGGGUGUAUCCAGGGGCUUUUAACUACUGGGGCAAAAUUGCAUGCAAUCCAGCCUAGGAGAUCCUUGCCAGAGAAGCUCUACUCUCUGUCUCUCAUUUAACUGGGUUGGCUGUGAUUACUCGGAGUCGAGGGAAAGGAAGUAGGGACACGCUCAGCACCGCUCUUGCUCUUCCUUCCCGUCUUCUAGGACAGAGAUUGGGGACCUGCUGGGCUCCAGGUGCAGGAUUCCAGCUCCCAUCAGCCCCAGGCAGCAUUGGCCGGUGGUCAAGAAUGACGGGGGUUGCAGUCCAACAACAUCUGGAAGUCCGUGCUGGCAAACGCUAGGCAUUAAAAGCUGGUCCUGGCUGUGGAGCAAGGCAGGGCAAGGGGAAAUCGGGGCGUAAAUUAUGUCGCUUAAAAAUGUGGCGUGGCACUGUGCAUGGUGUGGACACCAUUCUUGUGUGGCAAGUCCCCCUCCCCCCUUGUGAAAUAAAGACACAGGACACUUUAUUUAAGGUUAAUGGGCGUAAAAGGCCACAACUUUAUUGAUUACAGGAAUUGAGAGGUAUUGGCUUAGGCAUUGGUUCCUAUCGACUAACCGGCUUCAGCCCAAUUGCAUGAAGACCGGUGAGGGUUAACCACCAGCGGGGGAAGUCCUGCUGAAGUACGUCAACUAGGACCCCCCGGGUGUCACCGCUCGGGGGCGUGCCUUAGGCCCACACCUCCAUAGGCUUCGGACAGGGCAACGUCCCCCGGAAUCCUUUACCAGACUACCCUUUGCUUGGGGAAGGUGAUGUCGCUUCCUUCCCCCCACUUCAUUUGCAUAACAAUACCCCUGCCAAUGCCUAACCGCCAAUACCGGGAAAGUUGUGACGUUUGCUACGAGGUAGGUGAAAAAACCAAAUGGCCGGUGCCAAUUCGCCAAGUGGGAAAAAUUCAUACCAGGCCCCUUGACGGCGACCAACCGAAGUUGAUCAGCUGGAGAGGCGAAGAGAGGGCAGUCCUUGGGCGCGCCGGGCAUAAAUAGCCCAGGCCACGCCUCCCUGUCCAGCCGAUUGGCUAGGCAGGGAGCUGACAUGCCCGAGGAUUCCCUCAUUCUCGCAGAGGCUGUAAGCCAGCCCCCGUGUGUGUUGGGAGGGCGUGGGCCCACAACCCCACCUCCUCUCCAGCUCGGAAGUGGCUUUGUGGCAAAGAAAUGGCAGUGCUCUAGCAACCAUGCCUGUCUCUGUUUCGAUAAGCCCUGCCAACUGGGAGGCUCCCUCCAUGCCCGAGAGAGAACGAAAAUGUCAGAAAGGCCAUAGCUUAGUGGCAGAGCAUCCAGUUUGCAUGCAGAAGGUCCAAGGUUCGAUUCUCAGCGUCUCCAGGUUGGGUUGGAAGAAACCCCAUCUGCCUUUCCUCCUGUUAUGUACUGAAGUUCUCACCCUGGGCCAGCAGGGGGCUACUGUAGAUAGUUAUGCAAAUGAAGGAUCGAAAGUGACGUUCAGUGAUUGGAUAGUUUUAGAAAGUUGCUACAGUAACGUUGUACUGGAGCUCUAUAUAAGCAGGCUGACUGAACCCUUCAGCUCAGUUCUGUUCUGGCCUCUGAAUAAACAAGAGUUGUUUGAAGAAUCGCUGUGUCGUCUGAUAUGUUCACCCACAACUUAACACCUCCAAAGAGCGCAGGUCAAAGUACAUGAUUGUUGUUGUUGUUAUUUACCUGCCCUUCACCUUAAGGUCCCAGGGGGGGUUACAAUAUUAGAAGCAACUUAAAACUGCAGAAAUAAGAAGGUUCCUAAAAACAUACAUCUCAAGGGUCAAAAGCUAGGAUAAAAAAGUUAAUCUUCAGCUUUUGUCAGAAGCUGCAUAAUACAAGAAGGUGCCUGACUCAGUGCAGAGGGAAGCCCACAACUUAGGGGGCUGCCACAGAGAAGGCUCUGUCCUGGGUCAUCCCCUGGGCUUCUGAGGGUGGUGGGACAACCAAGAGGCACCCCCCCUGUCAAUUUUAGCAACUGAGAGGGCCCAUAGGGAAGGAUGCAUUCUUUCAGGUACAUGGUGUGUUCCACCCCCUCAUCGUUUUAUCCUUACAGCAACUCUGUGGAAAAAAACCUCAGUCUGGCUCAAAAUCACUCACUGAGCUUCGUGGCAAAGUUGCACCCCAUAUUCUGCCCUUGGUAACAGGCUAACCUGUUUGUUCUUAUUUUUCAGGUUUUGUUGAGUAUUCCAAAAACUGAAAGCCACCAUGGCUCUGACCAGUGCCUUCAAGACUGUUACCAACACACCUGGACUGAUCAUCUGGAGAAUUGAGGUGGGACAAUGAAAUUUUCUCAGGUCUAGGCGGAAGGUUCCUCUCCUCUCCCAAGCUAUGUAGGGACCUAACUGACAGGGCACCACCUUUUCACUUGUUAUUAAUUCCACUUUGAGUACUGAACCUGCCAUCUAUGUAACUCUUACUAGCUAGGCAAGGUGGCCAUCUUUCUUUCUCAUAAGGCCCCCAGAGCUUUAACAGUUGUUUGAGAGGCUGAAAUUCCAAAGGUGGAGACCACUCCUAUAAUUGUACUUACCUGCUGCUGAAAGCUUCAGUUUGCUUAAUUUCUAUCCUGCAUGUGCUGGCAACUGAUUGGCUGCUGUAACAUGCAUUAUGUGGAGCUGCCCUUGAAGAUAGUUCAGAAACUGCAGCUAGUCGAGCUUGGAUUUUGUCUAGAGCACAUUACACCGAAACUACGGGAACUCCACAAGUUCUGCCUGUAAUUCACAUCGCUUAAGCCUAAGAUACCUAAGGGAGCAUCUCUUUUCCCCAACAACCACUGAGUAUUAACAGGGGUUGGCAACCUAAGGCCCAUGGGCCGGAUGCGGCCUAAUUGCCUUCUCAAUCCAGCCCGUGGACAGCCUGGGAAUCAGCGUGUUUUUACAUGAGUAGAAUGUGUGCUUUAAUUUAAAAUGCAUCUCUAGGUUAUUUGUGGGGCAUAGGAAUUCGUUCAUUCCCCCGCCCCCCCCCAAAAAUAGUCCGGCCCACCACAUGGUCUGAGGGACGGUGGACCAGCCUAUGGCUGAAAAAGGUUGCUGACCCCUGUAGUAUAACACAGCAGCAAUGGAUGGAGAUAGGGAAGGUCAUAUUUUUGGAGCCGGGUGCUGCUGUUAAUCAAUUUUUUAGACUUAAGGACUUAUUCAUACAAGGGAUGCGGGUGGUGCUGUGGGUUAAACCACAGAGCCUAGGACUUGCCGAUCAGAAGGUUGGCGGGUCGAAUCCCUGUGAUGGGGUGAGCUCCCGUUCCUCAGUCCCUGCCCCUGCCAACCUAGCAGUUCAAAAGCACGUCAAAGUGCAAGUAGAUAAAUAGGUACCGCUCUGGAGGGAAGGUAAACGGCGUUUCCGUGCGCUGUUCUGGUUCGCCAGAAGCGGCUUAGUCAUGCUGGCCACAUGACCCAGAAGCUGUACACCGGCUCCCUCGGCCAAUAAAGCGAGAUGAGCGCCGCAACCCCAGAGUCAGCCACGACUGGACCUAAUGGCCAGGGGUCCCUUUACCUUUACCUUUACUUAUUCAUAUAAGUCUGAAACGUUUUUUUAAAAAGUUUUAAACAUUUGUUUUGAAUUGAAAGUGUAAAUUGAAAGUAUUUAAUAAGGAAAUUGUCUACAUCACCAUGGGAUGCCUGAGAGAGGUUUGGGAGCAUUGAUGGUUGGAGGCUGUGUCACUGAAGCCACUAAAUUGGGGCAGGGGGUUGCUUCAUGUACUGUGUUUCUCCUUCCCAGAAAAUGGAUCUGGUGUUGGUGCCUCCGAAAGCUCAUGGCAGCUUCUACGAAGGUGAUUGCUACGUCCUCCUCUCGGUAAGUGGAGAUCCUUGCUUACUGGUUUCCAUCACCCCAGUCAGCUCUAGUUUAGCUGCAAAGCCACUCUGAGAUGGGCAAAAGGCUCCAGGUUCCCCCAACAGCAUCCUGCCAAAUUCUGUUUCUGGAGAUGGCACUCAACCAUAUGCCCCAUUCGCCUCCAAUGGAGGCAGCCGGGAAGUCCAAAUGCCAUCCUUCAGAGGCCGGGAUUUGUUUAGGGUCUGCCAGCUGCUGACCCAUAUCUUAGUUCUAAAAUAAAUUGGGCAUGCAGGCUAACAGGAAAGUCCUGCCUGUGCUGGUGAUUUCAGUUGCUUCAGACCAUAACAGGGCAGCUCCAUCUGGUACGCAAGCUGAGACCCUAUCUGCCUGCAGACUGUCUUGCCAGAGUGGUGCAUGCUCUAGUUAUCUCCCACUUGGACUACUGCAAUGCACUCUACGUGGGGCUACCUUUGAAGGUGACCCGGAAACUACAACUAAUCCAGAAUGCGGCAGCUAGACUGGUGACUGGGAGCGGCCGCCGAGACCAUAUAACACUGGUCCUGAAAGACCUACACUGGCUCCCUGUACAUUUCCGAGCACAAUUCAAAGUGUUGGUGCUGACCUUUAAAUGGCCUUGGCCCAGUAUACCUGACGGAGCAUCUCCACCUCUAUUGUUCUGCCCGGACACUGAGGUCCAGCACCGAGGGCCUUCUGGCGGUUCCCUCGCUACGAGAAGCCAAAUUACAGGGAACCAGGCAGAGGGCCUUCUCGGUAGUGGCACCUGUACUGUGGAACGCCCUCCCACCAGAUGUCAAAGAGAAAAAUAACUACCAAACUUUUAGAAGACAUCUGAAGGCAGCCCUGUUUAGGGAAGCUUUUAAUGUUUGAUGUAUUACAGUAUUUUAAUAUUUUUUUGGAAGCCGCCCAGAGUGGCUGGGAAAACCCUGCCAGAUGGCCGGGGUAUAAAUAAAUUAUUAUUAUUAUAACAAGUGGACUAACCCAGUCCCUGAACAUUCUCUCUUCCGGCGCAUCAUCCCAAGCACUCAAAGGCAACAUUUGCAUUUGUAAGCGAAAAACCCAAACCCCACAUGCACUGGCAGAUAGAUGCACAUGAACAACAGGGCUGGGGAAUCUGGGGAUCACAGCUCCCAUCAUUCCUAACCAUUGGCCAUAUUGUCAGGGACUGAUGGGAGUCAAACAACAUCUGGAGGUGCCGUCCCUGUUCUUCUGUGAUCAGCAGGGCAUCAGUCUUUCCCAUUACCUACUAAUACAUGGUGCCAAGGGUGUUACUUGAGCGUUCUACCAUCAAAGCAUGCACCCUCUCACUGAGUCCUUCCCCUAAGUGUGGGGUAAACAUGCAAGGCUUUUCCUGUUGCCCACACACAUUGGAGGGGAAACCAGGAUCAUUAAAGGGGGGCGGGGAAUAGAAGUGGAAUGCCUAAUGUUUGCAAUGACAUCUGCUGGAGAGAGUGAUAAAUACAUUUACACACAGCAUACUUCAUCCUGCACAGCAAUAGGACCUCUUCUUUUUAUCUGCUAAGACACAGUUCUUCAAGCUUGGGUCCCCAGAUGCUGUUGGACUACAACUCCCAUCAUCCCCAGGCAGCUUAGCCAAUGGUCAGGGAAGAUGGAAGCUGUAGCGUCUGAGGACCCAAGGUUGAAGAAGGCUGUCCUAGGAGAUGAGCUGGGUCACUCCAAGCUUCUGUUAUGGACAAAAACAAUCCCAUAGCUAGUGGCCUCAGACAGUGAUGCGCUGCAAAGGUUGAAGAGCAGUGGUGGGCCUUGGGGUGGAAUGGCUCCAGGGCAGCGUUUUCCAAACUUGGAUUUUCAGCUGUCGUUGGACUACAGUUCUCAUCACCCCUAACCACUAGCUAGGGAUGAUGGGAGUUGUAGUCCAAAAAACAGCUGGAGACCCAAGUUUAGGAAACCCUGCUGUUUGGAUUCUAAGCUGGGAGCAAACUCAGCGCUCAGUCAUUCAGGGACUUUGGUUAUUACUAGUAUGCCCCGUAGAGGACCUUAAGGUCCACAAAUAACAACACUUUGGAGGUCCUAAGGCUCAAGGAGGUUAGAUUGGUUUCAACUAGAGCCAGGGCCUUUUCAGUACUGGCCCCGAUGUGGUGGAACGCUCUGUCACAAGAGACUAGGGCCCUGCGGGACUUGACUUCUUUCCGCAGGGCCUGCAAGACAGAGCUGUUCUGCCUGGCCUUUGGUUUGGACUCGGUCCCUCCCCUUAUGGUCUUGAUUUAUCGGCUACUUUAAAAUGAGGCUGCAUUUUAAAUGGCAUUUUAACCUGUAUUUUAAAUUGGUUUCCCCCCAUCUUUUCCCCCUGUUAUAUUUUUACUGUGAUUUUAUUGGUGUUAGCCGUCCUGAGCCCAGCUCUGGCUGGGGAGGGCGGGGUAUAAAUAAUUUAUUAUUAUUAUUAUUAUUAUUAUUAUUAUUAUGUGCAAGUCAGGGGUCCCGGACCCUAUGACUGUACUUACCGUAUUUUUUGCUCUAUAAGACUGACUUUUUCCCUCCUAAAAAGUAAGGGGAAACGUGUGUGCGUCUUAUGGAGCAAAUGCAGGCUGCGCAGCUAUCCCAGAAGCCAGAACGGCAAGAGGGAUUCCUGCUUUCACUGCGCAGCGAUCCCUCUUGCUGUUCUGGCUUCUGAGAUUCAGAAUAUUUUUUUUCUUGUUUUCCUCCUCCAAAAACUAGGUGCGUCUUGUGGUCUGGUGCGUCUUAUAUAGCGAAAAAUACGGUAUUUAUCCCAAUGACGUCUGUCCCUCCUGCAGACCCGUAAAUCGGGCAGCGUCCUGUCCUAUGACAUCCACUACUGGAUUGGCAAACGUUCCUCGUUGGACGAGCAGGGCUGUGCUGCCAUCUAUACCACCCAGCUGGACGACUACCUCGGUGGGGUUCCCGUGCAACACCGUGAGGUGCAGGGCCACGAGUCUGAGCUCUUCAAGGGCUACUUCAAGCAAGGUCUCAUGUGAGUAAGGGGUCGCCAUGGGAAUGGCAACAUCUCGGCAGGCAGCCCUUUUCUUGUCAAUCCAGGCAUGGCCGGCCCAAGAUGUUUUGCUGCCUGAGCCUCCCUGCAGGGAGGGUCUGUUGUUGUUGUUUAGUUGUUUAGCCGUGUCCAACUCUUUGUGACCCCAUGGACCAGAGCACACCAGGCCCUCCUGUCUUCCACUGCCUCCAGCAGUUUGGUCAAACUCAUGCUGGUAGCUUCGAGAACACUGUCCAACCAUCUCAUGCUCUGUCGUCCCCUUCUCCUUGUGCCCUCCAUCUUUCCCAACAUCAGGGUCUUUUCCAGGGAGUCUUCUCUUCUCAUGAGGUGGCCAAAGUAUUGGAGCCUCAGCUUCAGGAUCUGUCCUUCCAGUGAGCACUCAGGGCUGAUUUCCUUCAGAAUGGAGAGGUUUGAUCUUCUUGCAGUCCAUGGGACUCUCAAGAGUCUCCUCCAGCACCAUAAUUCAAAAGCAUCCAUUCUUCGGCAAUCAGCCUUCUUUAUGGUCAAGCUCUCACUUCCAUACAUCACUACUGGGAAAACCAUAACUUUAACAGACCUUUGUUGGCAAGGUGAUGUCUUUACUUUUUAAGAUGCUGUCUAGGUUUGUCAUUGCUUUUCUCCCAAGAAGCAGACUUCUUUUAAUUUCGUGGCUGCUGUCACCAUCUGCAGUGAUCAUGGAGCCCAAGAAAGUAAAAUCUCUCACUGCCUCCAUUUCUUCCCCUUCUAUUUGCCAGGAGGUGAUGGGACCAGUGGCCAUGAUCUUCGUUUUUUUGAUGUUGAGCUUCAAACCAUAUUUUGCGCUCUCCUCUUUCACCCUCAUUAAAAGGUUCUUUAAUUCCUCCUCACCUUCUGCCAUCAAUGUUGUGCCAUCCCUGCAGGGAGGGUCUAGCCUGCCAGUUUCAGUUUCCCUCAGUUUCCCAACCUCAGUUUCAUCACAUAUCCACAUUAAUUUGCGGGGGGGGGGGGAGUGCUCAUGAAAUUAAAGCAUUUGACUGCACAUUUCUCUUUUGUAUGCAGAUUUGCCUAAUAUACAUAUUCGGUCAAAUAGAUUUUCCCCAGAAUAGUGCACCUCUGUAUGUUGUUUUGAUUAAGAUGCGCAUUUUCACAUACUUUGCCCCAAUUUAAUGCAUUUUCGUACAUGCUUUUUGUUGGAGAACUGCGUCGUUUUAUUCAGAGAGGUGCCAAGUUCAAGGAUCGCUGUGUUUCAACACACAUUUUGAGAAGCGUGAAUGAACUUAUCUUCCCCAUCCCUCAAAUCCCUUGGGGUUCUUGACAGACAUAUCAACAGGGAAAUGAUGUUCUCCUCUUUUAAAACUGGAGAAAGUGGUCACCUCUUGUGCAAGGCUUUAAAAACAAAGGGGUGUUAUAUUUGCAGGUAAUAGUACCUACAAAUCAUACAAUGAAAUUUGCAUUUCUGAAUAAAGUUCUGCCAGAGGGUGGAUAAAGAAGAUGAUUGUUUCCUAUCAUUUAGCAAACAACAUGUUGUUCAUUUAGGCAAAUGCACCUGCAAACCAUUUUACUAUUCUGUCUCCUGGUGGUGCUCAGCCACAUGACCCACGAGUAUUCUUAAGCAAGGAGUGAGAUCCAUUCUCUGAUGCUACUUGUUCCCAGAAUCCGGUUACCGGUACAUCUUAUUCAAAGCAGCCUCCUCCUGAUGUGGAUGUUGUGCUUCCGAAGACAUUUCCACAUGGAAGAGAUUGUUAUAUAACAAACUCUCAGGCUUUUGACAACUUGCAGUAGCGUGGCAGAUGUGGAGGCAAUUCUGACCACCACCUCUGUCAUAAUUUGAUUUCCAGCUACAGACAGCAGGUACCAAACUGUCUGUUUGAAGCCUGGCUGAUUUUUUAAUAUAUAUGUUGUUGUUGUUUAGUCGUUUAGUCGUGUCCGACUCUUCGUGACUCCAUGGACCAGAGCACGCCAGGCAUUCCUGUCUUCCACUGCCUCCCGCAGCUUGUUCAUACUCAUGCUGGUAGCUUCGAGAACACUAUCCAACCAUCUCAUCCUCUGUCGUUCCCUUCUCCUUGUGCCCUCCAUCUUUCCCAACAUCAGGGUCUUUUCCAGGGAGUCUUCUCUUCUCAUCAGGUGGCCAAAGUAUUGGAGCCUCAGCUUCAGGAUCUGUCCUUCCGGUGAGCACUCAGGGCUGAUUUCCUUCAGAAUGGAGAGGUUUGAUCUUCUUGCAGUCCAUGGGACUCUCAAGAGUCUCUUCCAGCACCGUAAUUCAAAAGCAUCAAUUCUUCGGCGAUCAGCCUUCUUUAUAUUCCAGCUCUCACUUCCAUACAUCUUUUAUAUAGUGCUUGCUUUAUACACAGCUUUUCAGGCGGACCUCACAAAGCUGUUUACAUACCAUUAUUAAGAAGCAUCAACAGAAAAUCAAAGAGCCCAUGGGCUGUGUUCAACUUACUUGCAAAGACAGUAGGACUGGCUUGUUACUUCAGUUUAUGUGAAGUCAUACACAUUACCAUUUAGGGAGUUCCCCCACCCUGUAAAACUAUUAAGUUUAGACUCUAAGAUUACCUAACCACUGCAGUUUCCUUGUACCUAUCCCUCAUCAACCACCGUCUCUAUACAGUGGUACCUCAGGUUACAUAUGCUUCAGGUUACAUACGCUUCAGGUUACAGACUCCGCUCACCCAGAAAUAGUGCUUCAGGUUAAGAACUUUGCUUCAGGAUGAGAACAGAAAUCGUGCUCCGGCGGCGCAGCAGCAGCAGCAGGAGGCCCCAUUAGCUAAAGUGGUGCUUCAGGUUAAGAACAGUUUCAGGUUAAGAAUGGAUCUCCGAAACGAAUUAAGUACUUAACCCGAGGUACCACUGUACCACCAAGGUACCUUGUAUUGGGAUUUUGGGAGAGUUGCCUUGUUAAUGUUCUGCUAAUAUGGUUUGCAAGAACUGUAAUUCUCCUGGGAUCAGCCCCCUUAGAAUCAUAGAAUCAUAGAAUAGAAUCAUAGAAUCAUAGAGUUGGAAGAGACCACAAGGGCCAUCGAGUCCAACCCCCUGCCAAGCAGGAAACACCAUCAGAGCACUCCUGACAUAUGGUUGUCAAGCCUCUGCUUAAAGACCUCCAAAGAAGGAGACUCCACCACACUCCUUGGCAGCAAAUUCCACUGUCGAACAGCUCUUACUGUCAGGAAGUUCUUCCUAAUGUUUAGGUGGAAUCUUCUUUCUUGUAGUUUGGAUCCAUUGCUCCGUGUCCGCUUCUCUGGAGCAGCAGAAAACAACCUUUCUCCCUCCUCUAUGUGACAUCCUUUUAUAUAUUUGAACAUGGCUAUCAUAUCACCCCUUAACCUCCUCUUCUCCAGGCUAAACAUGCCCAGCUCUCUUAGCCGUUCCUCAUAAGGCAUCAUUUCCAGGCCUUUGACCAUUUUGGUUGCCCUCCUCUGGACACGUUCCAGUUUGUCAGUGUCCUUCUUGAACUGUGGUGCCCAGAACUGGACACAGUACUCCAGGUGAGGUCUGACCAGAGCAGAAUACAGUGGCACUAUUACUUCCCUUGAUCUAGAUGCUAUACUCCUAUUGAUGCAGCCCAGAAUUGCAUUGGCUUUUUAGCUGCCGCGUCACACUGUUGGCUCAUGUCAAGUUUGUGGUCAACCAAGACUCCUAGAUCCUUUUCACAUGUACUGCUCUCAAGCCAGGUGUCCCCCAUCUUGUAUUUGUGCCUCUCAUUUUUUUGCCCAAGUGCAAUACUUUACAUUUCUCCCUAUUAAAAUUCAUCUUGUUUGUUUUGGCCCAGUUCUCUAAUCUGUCAAGGUCGUUUUGAAGUGUGAUCCUGUCCUCUGGGGUGUUAGCCACCCCUCCCAAUUUGGUGUCAUCUGCAAAUUUGAUCAGGAUGCCCUUGAGUCCAUCAUCCAAGUCGUUGAUAAAGAUGUUGAAUAAGACCGGGCCCAAGACAGAACCUUAGUGGAAUAUUUCGUAGUGAGCAUAUGCACAUAAGUGCAUGAGCCCGAGGUGCCCGGUGUGGGGCAAACUCUGACAUCUCAUGUUCUGCAGGUGCUGGUGUGCAUCUUCUCACUGAAAGCUGAUGGGCUUUGCUUUCUCACUGUGGCUGACAAAGUACAACCAUUAGCAGAAGCAGUGGUGGAGCAACAUGCUGCAGGCCCUGGAGCGGAGAACAGGCGGGGGCAUGGCUGGUGUGCGUCCCAAGGGCGUGGCGCGUCACUUGUGGGGGCGUGGCGCAUCGCUCGCAGGGGCGUGGCAUGUGCCUUGGGGGGGCAGCCGCGAUGGCACCCUUUCCCCAAAUGGUACCAGGUGCGCUGUGUUCUCCCGCCUCCCCCUUCGUACGCCAGUGACUGGAAUGAUUUCCAUUUGCCCAACUGAGCUUCUCCUCCCUCUCCUCCCCCCAUGUGCCCCCUCCUCAAAUCUACUUCAGAAGUAAGUGCCCCCCCCUGCUUAAAAUGUUGAGUCCCCACUCUGCCAAGACGCUCACUGGGUGACCUUGGGCCAGUCACUGUCUCUCAGGUUUGUUGUGAUGAAGAAGAAGAAGAGUUUGGAUUUGAUAUCCCGCCUUUCACUCCCUUUAAGGAGUCUCAAAGCGGCUAACAUUCUCCUUUCCCUUCCUCCCCCACAACAAACACUCUGUGAGGUGAGUGGGGCUGAGAGACUUCAAGGAAGUGUGACUGGCCCAAGGUCACCCAGCAGCUGCAUGUGGAGGAGCGGAGACGCGAACCCGGUUCCCCAGAUUACAAGACUACCGCUCUCAACCACUACACCACACUGGAUGAGAUAGCGGGGAGGCGAGAACCAUGUUACACCACCUUGAGCUCCUUUCCCCCCCCCCAAAUCUUUUUAUUAGUUUUCCAAAUUUAUAACAAACAUAAAAGAAAAACAUUACAUUACAAUAUAAAAGAAGAAAACAAACAUUUAUCCUAAUUGUUAAAAUCCCACUUUUGUUAUCAUAGAUGACUUCCUCGAAUCCCCCUAGCUGAGUUUCCAUAUAACUCAUUGUAGCAGUUUUCCAGUACUACUUUUAAAUAAGAUUAACUUAAUCAAUUAACAUCUUUCUUUCUUUUCAUAUUGUCUUCUAUCCAUAAUGUUAUAUAGUUUAACAUAUUUAACUCCUAGGCCAAUUUGGUACUUACAAGUAGUUCUACUUAUGUUAUCUUAGAAUAUUUAACUAAAUAGUCCUUAAAUUUCUUCCAUUCUUCUUGAUACUCAUCCUCUUUCUGUUCGUGGAUUCUUCCAGUCAGGUCAGGCAGCUCCAAAAAGUCCAUCAUCUUCAUCUGCCAUUCCUCCACUGUUGGUAUUUCUUGUAGUUUCCAAUUUUUGGCUAACAAAAUUCUUGCUUACUUGAGCUCCUUGGAUGAAAAGGUGGCAUAUAAAUGUAAUAAAUUUGGUAUAUAAAUGUAAUAAAGAAAGAAAUACGGUAGUCUGGCUGAGCACCAAGAACUCUGCAUUACCUAUUAACUCCACUAGAUGGGGAUAAAGCGCCAAGUCUCUGCUGGGCUGAAGUUCCUACCUACUGAAAAGUGCCAUAUAUUUGCUUCAUGUUGCCGCGGAAAUUUCCCCAACCCUUCUUGCUUUUAAAAGGAAAUCCUUUUGUAUGAGCCAAAACCGAAGCAUCCUUAAAAUCCCCGUCAUUUAACUUGCUGCCUCAACCAUUUUCCAUGGACCUUGCCUUUAGGCUGGUUACCGCAGCAGCAGGAAUCUUAUAAAGACGUCUUAAAUUGUUUAAAGGUAAAGGGACCCCUGACUAUUAAGUCCAGUUGCGGAUGACUCUGGGGUUGUGGCACUCAUCUCGCUUUACUGGUCGAGGGAGCCGGCGUUUGUCUGCAGACAGUUUUUCUGGGUCAUGUGGCCAGCAUGACUAAGCCGCUUCUGGCGAACCAGAGCAGCGCAUGGAAACGCCGUUUACCUUCCCGCCGGAGCGGUACCUAUUUAUCUACUUGCACUUUGAUGUGCUUUCAUUGUUUUUUUUUUUUUUAAUGAUAUUUAUUAAGGUUUCAAAAAAAAGAUUACACAGAUAAGGAGAAAAAAGAAAGAAGUAAAGAAAAGAAAAAGUACAAAAUACAGAUAAAAAAAAUAAAAAACACUUAAAAACAAAUCAAUCUUUCCAUGCCUUACAUUUCAUUUCCUUGCUUCCCUGACCUCCUCACACCUCCCUUUUUUGUAUUCCAAUUCAAUUAGUUAAUUCAGCAAUUCCUUUCCCUCUUUGUUUUUGUCUUAAUCCUUUAACUUAAUAUAUUAUAACUUUGAAUUCUCACCUGUUAACAAUCCAUUUUUACAUACACCUUUAUAACAUUGCUGCUAAAACCACUUAACUUCAUUCUGACAUCAUUUUGAACAUUCAUUAAUUUUGCAGUAUUUCUGUAAAUAGUCUUUAAAUUUCUUCCAAUCUUCUUCCACCGACUCUUCUCCCUGGUCUCGGAUUCUGCCAGUCAUUUCCGCCAGUUCCAUAUAGUCCUCACUUUGACGUGCUUUCGAACUGCUAGGCUGGCAGGAGCAGAGUUCCUGAGCAACAGGAACUCACCCCGUAGCAGGGAUUCAAACCGCCAACCUUCUGAUCGGCAAGCCCUAGGCUCUGUGGUUUAGACCACAGCGCCACCCACAUCCCCUUAAAUUGUUUACUCAUUGAAAAAAAACAUUAACUGGGUUGACAGUGCAAUCCUAUGCUUUCUUACUCAGAAGGAAGACCCAGUGAUGCUUGCUCUCAGCAGAACAGGCUUAGGAUGGGAGCCUAAAUCUGCAUAUGAACAAAAUAAUAGUUUUGAAGCGGUAGGAAAGCCCCCCCCCCUUUUGUUUUAGAUGUUGCAUGGAUGUGUCACAGAAGCCACGGUCUUGGCAGAAGCACGUUCCCGCCUGUGUCUUCCAAGAUGGCACCCGGCAACCAUGGUUCUUAUAAGUACCGUAUUUUUCGCCCUAUAGGACGCACUUUUUCCCUUCCAAAAAUGAAGGGGAAAUGUGUGUGCGUCCUAUGGGGCGAAUGCAGGCUUUCGCUGAAGCCUGGAGAGCGAGAGCACCCUGGGCUUAGGGCAGAUGUCCGCAAGCCUUGCGAGCCCGGCGGGGGUUCCCAUCCCGCUCGCUGUCAUGGCUUCUUUGCUCUUUGGGGCUCAGGGGGGAAAUAAUAUUUUUAAACCCCCCCCCAAAAUAAGUGCACCCUAUGGGCCGGUGCGCCCUAUAGGGUGUAAAAUAUGGUAUAUUAAAAAUAGCCAAGCGUUUAAGCGUGUUGUAUGAUUAAUUGGGGUCAUAGGAGCCAACUCCAGGGGACCAGGGUGCUUGGUCACCCACAAUAAUAUAACUGUGGGAGCCAGGCACCCACAAAGUCAAUGAGGAAAGCCAGAGAGAGGCAGCCAGUCAGCCUCUGUGGUACUGUAUCCGAGAGAGAAGCAGUCCAGUUCUGCCCUGUGCAGCCAGCGGGUGAGGCACCCUUUUCUGGAUUCUUUUUUGUGGGGGCUCAGAUGCAGAGGAAGAGGCUCUCUGCCUCCACAUCUGAGCUCCUCCCCACGGAAUUGCGUUUUUGGAAGAGCCCUCAUUACGGUGAUGGGCACCCACAAUUCUGAGGGUGAGAUGGUGUCCCUGAUUGGUGUUACGGUGGUACCUCGGUUUUCGAACGUAAUCCAUUCCGGAAGACCGUUCAGCUUCCAAAACGUUUGAAAACAGAGGCGCAAAGGGCGGCCUGCAAAUUUAAUGGGGAAAAUUGAAAAAAACUCAGUGGAAGCUGUUCUGACCUCCAAGGUGCGUUCGAAAACGGAAGCAUUUACUUCCAGGCUUUCAGCGUUCGAAAACCAAAACGUUCAGCUUCCAAGACACCAAAAACCGAGAUGUCACUGUCUGUCUGUCUGUCUGUCUGUCUGUCUGAUGCGCGCGCGCACACACACACACACACACUUUAAAAUCAAUACAUCUAACUGAUUGAUUAAAAUCUGAAGCCACAGUGAAAUGAUUACCACAGCAUUGGUUGGAUAUUUCUCUGCUCAUCCUUUGCUAGUUCUCCGUAGCUGGAAGUCACAAGUGAUCAUUCCUAAUUCUCUGGAGCAUGUAGCCUGCACAGUUCUCACACCCCUCUCCCCCAAACAGCUACAAGAAAGGGGGUGUUGCGUCUGGGCUGAACCACGUGGAGACCAAUGUCUACAACGUCAAGCGUCUGUUGCACGUCAAGGGCAAGAGGAAUGUGAUAGCUGCAGAGGUGAGUUGUUCCUCCCCCCCCCGCCCCCCGCCCCGUCUGAAAGUGCCCUCAGCUUCUGGUUGGCUUGCUCUAACUCACCGCUUCCCUCUCUUCCCUGCCCCUGUCUUCUGCCUUCAACACUCGCAGGUGGAGAUGAGCUGGAACAGCUUCAAUGUCGGCGACGUUUUCCUACUGGACCUUGGCAAAGUCAUUGUGCAAUGGAAUGGGCCUCAGAGCAACAAGCAGGAGCGCAUGAAGGUGUGAGCUCUAGCAGGAGGCGCUGUCUUAAGUUUAUACUUCCUUGAGCUUCUGACUGAGGGCCAAACUACAUGUUAAAGUGGGCACACCAGGUUUGGAGGUGUUGUUUUUUAACAGUCUAAAACAGUCUUUCUAAGAAUAAUAAUAAUAAUAAUAAUAAUAAUAAUAAUAAUAAUAAUUUAUAAUUUAUACCCCGCCCAUCUGGCUGGGCUUCCCCAGCCACUCUGGGCGGCUUCCAAAAAAAUAUUAAAAUACUAUAAUACAUCAAACAUUAAAAGCUUCCCUAAACAGGGCUGCCUUCAGAUGUCUUCUAAAGGUCUGGUGGUAGCUGUUCUCUUUGACAUCUGGUAGGAGGGCAUUCCACAGGGAGGGCGUCACUACUGAGAAGGCCCUCUGUCUGGUUCCCUGUAACUUGGCUUCUCGCAGUGAGGGAACGGCCAGAAGGCACUCGGCGCUGGACCUCAGUGUCCGGGUAGAACGAUGGGGGUGGAGACGCUCCUUCAGAUAUACUGGACCAAGGCCGUUUAGGGCUUUAAAGGUCAGCACCAACACUUUGAAUUGUGCUCGGAAACAUACUGGGAGCCAAUGUAGGUCUUUUAAGACUGGUGUUAUGUGGUCCCGGCGGCCACUCCCAGUCACCAGUCUAGCUGCGGCAUUCUGGAUCAGUUGUAGUUUCCGGGUCACCUUCAAAGGUAGCCCCACGUAGAGCGCAUUGCAGUAGUCCAAGCGAGAGAUAGCCAGAGCAUGCACCACUCUGGCGAGACAGUCCGCGGGCAGGUAGGGUCUCAUCCUGCGUACCAGAUGGAGCUGGUAAACAGCUGUCCUGGACACAGAAUUAACCUGCGCCUCCAUGGACAACUGUGACUCCAAAAUGACUCCCAGGCUGUGCACCUGGUCCUUCAGGGGCACAGUUACCCCAUUCAGGACCAGGGAAUCCUCCACACCUGCCCGUCUCCUGUCCCCCAAAACAGUACUUCUGUCUUGUCAGGAUUCAACCUCAAUCUGUUAGCCGCCAUCCAACCAUCCAACCUUCUUAGCCUUGGUUCUCCAGAUGUUGCUUGACUACAACUCUCAUCAUCCCUGCCCACUGAUCCUGCUUGCUAGGGAUGAUGGGAUCUGUAGUCCAACAACAUCUGGAGACCCAAGUUUGGGAAACUGGGGUGUAGACCGAGCCACAGAGAGGUUGAGAAAGGCUGGUCUAAAGCUUUUACUUUGUGCCACAAUCCUGAUCACCAUAUUCCGCACCAUCAACAUCAAGCUGCAAUUACUGGACUCAUGGAAGGAAAACAUUUUUUUGAUGCUUUAAGAGUUUCUUUGCUAAGAGGAAGACAAAGUAGGAGCAGGGAAAAGAAGAAGGCUGGCAGCAUUUGUUUGUUGUGGGCUGAUCAGUUUGAAUUGUAAUAAUAAAUAAUAUUUUUUUGUUUAUACCCCAUGCUUUCUGGUUCAAAAACCGGGCUCAGGGCGGCUAAAAACAAAUUUAAAACACUUCAUUGUAAAAGCAGCAUAAAAUACAGUAUAAAAACAUGAAUAACAAUAAAAUUCAAAGUUCAGAAAUCAAUUUAGGGGAAAUCCAUCUAAUAAGCAUUAGAUAAUCACCAGGGCUAGCUGGCUGAAUUUGUCCUACUUGGGCCAGUGAGGAGGCCAGGGGAGAUUUAGCUGUGGGGUCUCAGAGCGGGUAAUCUUCAUAAAAGGGGAGGGGGAGGGAAGAGAAGGGAAAUAAAAGAUCAGGCUGAAUUCAAAUUAAAGGCCAGUCGGAAUAGCUCUCUCUUACAGGCCCGAUGGAAGGAGGUUAAAUCCUGAAGGGCCCUAGUCUCAUGGGACAGAGCAUUCCACCAGGUCAGAGCACUCACUGAAAAGGCCCUGGUGGAGGAUAGUCUGACUUCCUUAGGGCCCGGGACCUCUAAACUAUGGUCAUUCAUGGACCUUAAGGUCCUCUGCGGGGCAUACCAGGAGAGUUGGUUCCAUAAAUACGAGGGCCCUAAGUCACAAAGGUCUUUAAAGGUCAAGACCAGCACAUUGAAUCUGACCCUAUACUCCACCAGGAGUAAUAGUAAUUAAGUGCUGACAACAAUAACAACUCCUCAAUUCUUCUGCAUGUGCAGAUUAAAUCCUAUAGAGUUAACAUUGUAGACCAGGAUUUCCCAAACUUGGGUCUUGGACUACAACUCCCAUCAUCCCUGACCUGAUUGGUCCUGUAGCUAAGGAUGAUGGGAGUUGUAGUCCAAUAACAGCUGGAGUUUGGGAAACUGGUGUAAACCGAGCCACAGAGCAUUUAAAACUUCUGAAACUAAACAUACAUGUAUACACAUGAGUAGUGUGGAAGGGCCACAGCUCAGAGCACAGGCCAUGCAUUUCAGAGGCCCCCUUGUUAAAUCUCUGACAUCUCCAGCGUGGGCAAGACUGUUAGAUGGACUACGUGGUCUGAUUUGGUCAUGGGCUGUUUCCUGUGCUCCUCAUGUGUUCCUUAGGCGAUGCUUCUGGCCAAAGAUAUCCGCGACCGAGAGCGUGGGGGCCGGGCUGAGAUCGGGGUGGUGGAGGGCGAGGUGGAAGAAGCCAGUCCAGACUUGAUGAAGGUGAUGGAGAACGAGCUUGGGGAGAGGUUGCAGGAAAUCCAGCCUGCCAUUCCUGAUGAGGUGGUGGAUCAGCAGCGGAAGACAAACGUCUCACUCUAUCGGUACGUCCAUAAGACUUCCCUUUUGCAUGCGAAGCUCAGUGGCAGUUGUCACUGAUGCAGCAGGGGAGUGAAAGAGGUACAGUAUUUUUUGCUCUAUAAGACUCACUUUUUCCCUCCUAAAAAGUAAGGGGAAAUGUGUGUGCAUCUUAUGGAGCGAAUGCAGGCUGCACAGCUAUCUCAGAAGCCAGAACAGCAAGAGGGAUCGCUGCUUUCACUGUGUAGCGAUCCCUCUUGCUGUUCUGGCUUCUGAGAUUCAGAAUUUUUUUUCCUUGUUUUCCUCCUCCAAAAACUCCUCCAAAAACACCAAAAACUCCAAAAACUGGUCUGGUGCGUCUUAUAGAGCGAAAAAUACGGUAUUUAGUGCCCAUAGAAUAGACUGAAAGAAGGAAAAUAAGGUUCCCCUUUUUGCUUUCAAAAAUCCCGCCUGCUAGCAGAGCUAGGAGAAGGGGACAUUUUGGAAGCUGCUGGGGAAGAGGAAGCGGGGGAGGAAAGAGGUGGGCAGCCCCCCCGCCAGGAAGCGGCAAGAAGAGGCAAAGCCUCAACAUGGUACUGAGAUCAGUCUUUAUGAAUAGUAAUAGUCUCAAUGUGAUCUGGUUGACCGAAGCAAAUAAAUGAUGGUUCCCUUGGGUGGUGGCAAGUCUUUGGGUGGAUUCACGCAAACAUGUGCAUCACUCAAUGACUUGCCCAUUCCAUGAUUUGCAGCAGAAUUUGUGAAAAAGCAUUGCGAUGUGGAGGUGUGAUAUUUGAUGUGAUGGCUGUCCUUCACAUAUCAGUUGGCAUUGCAGCUAUUGAAUGAUGAACAUGAAAACAUGUAGUCACUUGAGGAGGGACAGGGACUUGAAGGGAGACAAGUAAAAUUUUAGGGGGACUUUAGAGGAAAUGUUUGGGGGAGUUGGCCAAUCUGUUGAACGCGGAAGCGAAAGAGCAGACAAAUCUCUCUUCCUCCCUCCCUCUUGCCUCUCUUCUAGUGUCUCGGACUCCGAAGGGAAAAUGCAAGUCACAGAAGAAGCCAAACGGCCCCUCAUACAGGAUAUACUGAGCCAUGAUGUAAGUCCGAAAUGGGGAUGUGCGUUCUUCAGGGGCCUCGGUGUGGUGUAGUGGUUAAGAGCAGUAGACUCGUAAUCUGGUGAACCGGGUUCGCUUCCCCGCUCGUCCACAUGCAGCUGCUGGGUGACCUUGGGCUGGUCACAGUUCUCUGAAGUCUCUCAGCCUCACUCACCUCACAGAGUGUUUGUUGUGGGGGAGGAAGGGAAAGGAGAAUGUUAGCCACUUUGAGACUCCUUCUGGUAGUGAUAAAGUGGGAUAUCAAAUCCAAACUCUUCUUCUUCUAAUGCCCAUGUUAAAAACCAAGCCUGUAGCUGUUAGGGGUGUUUGAGAAAUCAGUCAGAAACAGAAAUGGAAAUUGCUUUGAUUCACGUGUUCCUUGGAGGUCAGGAACAGAAACCAUGCAAGCAAAAACGAGUGGUUUCGCUGCAGGUUUUUUAGCCUGCAAACAUUACAUAAACAACUGUGUUGUUUUCUGUAUUUCCCUUCCACUGAAAUUAAUUUGGUUAAGCAAUGUAGGUUAUAGCAGAAGCCAACCUGCAGCCCAACUGAAACAGUGCUGGUCGCAAUAAACUCAGGAUGGAAGAGAAAUCGCUGCCUCUUUGCACCCCUAGCAGCUGCAAUCCACAAACCGUUUACACUGAGAUUGCUGUAAUUCUACGGAAUAAAUCACUUGUGGUUGCAACCUUGUACAGGCAACUUCCCAUUCACGCAUGGGUUGCGUUCCAGGUCAUUGGUGGGUUGCGCAUACGCCUGCCCCAUCCUGUCCCUGCCCCUGCACCUUCCAGGACCGAAAACAGUGUGAGUGUCAGCGGUCGCACAUGCCUUGAAUGUGUGCAAAAUGGGAGCUGCCUGUACUCAAUUCUGAGUACAUAUUCUUGGAAACAUUUCCUGAAACCCAUAAAUGGCUCUCACACACCACAAUUCUUUCCCUCAAAGAAUUCUGGGCACUGUAGUUCGUUAAUGAUUGCUGGAAAUUGCCAUUUGUAAACCGCAGUGCCCAGAAUUGACGGAAAGAAUGUCUUUUGAGUGUGCUUUCAUAGUGUGUGCACAGCCCCAGUAUACUCUACUACCAAAGAGGGCCAGAUUUGAUGAAGUGAAGGGCCGUGAGUUCAACUUUAAGAUUGAAGUUGUUGAACUUUUUAUGAUUUUACCCCAAACUUGUUGUUGCUUUUUUUAGGAUUGGAUUUGUGAUUUGUUUAGCUUUUUAUCCCAGGAAAUAAACCAACCCCAGGAAAUAAAUCGACCGACAAAACAGGCUUUGGACAUGCCUGCUCUACUAUCAGACCACAUGUAAAUCUGCCACAUGUGUUUCUUCUGCUUUCCCCACCUGCUGGCCAUAAGACGUGGAUGGCAUUCAGAAGCCACAUGUGAAUUGACUAGCCAGCAACCUGAGACAGCUGGGCUAGAGUGGCAGCUGCUGGCCAUUGUCAGAAGCAUAAGAUUGCCUCUCCCAACAUUUUUUUUUUUUUUAAAUCUUGUCACGAUUCUCUUCCCCUGUCAUCAGCCUCAGGUUGAGACAUUCCUCUUGCCUGUUUACGUAAGAGGUGGGUGGGGAACCAAGGAUUUAUAGUUAUCGCCCAUUUUACACUGAAACACAUGAAACCAAUCGGGGAGCUGCGAGAAAUUCUUCUUGUGCUAAUCCUAAACUUCUCAUUUGUGCCUUAGGACUGCUACAUUCUGGAUCACGGCGGGAUGAAAAUCUACGUCUGGAAGGGCAAAGGAGCCUCUAAGAUGGAGAAGCAAACAGCCAUGUCUAAGGCCUUGGUAUGGCACGAGAAUUCAGCUAAGCUGCAAUUUUGUUAUAAUUUUAAAUGCCCCAGUCGUAUGCAGAUGGGAAAUGCAGAGACAGAAAGAUGUGUAUAUAAUUCUUUUAAAAAAUGCAAGGUUGGAAGGUGAACCAGUUUUGCAUGUUCCAAUUUACCAGGGACUGCCUGUUUUCUAGUAUUUGUCACUAUCCUUAUUUAGCCUUUCGGAGGAUAUGUGGAAGAUGCCUUUAAGGAGCUUUUGUUAGGGUGCGCUAACUUCCCUUCCAGCCGCCCCCUCCUCUUGCUGCUGCCAGUAAUUGCUUAACAUGGUUGUCAAACCACCAUAAAACACACAGCCUGACUGCAGUUGCUGUGGCUUAUUUGAGGCCUGUUGGCAGAAACGGAAGAUUUACUGGGAUUGUUAUUCUUCCCCCAAGCUCAGUUUUUAAUAAGCUGUAGAACCACAUUUAGCCGGCAGUCCGGAGUUUCACUGUCCCUGCUGUAAAUCUAUUUUUCACUUUUAUGUCCCCACCUUUGCAUUUAUGUCCAAGGAAUUCAGUGUGGCACGGGUGCUUCUCUCGCUCCCAAUUUUAUCCUCACAACGACACUGUGAGGAGAUGAAUUAGGCUGAGAGAUGGUGACUGGGGAUUUGGAGCCUGGUCUCCCAGUUCCUGGGGAUGCGGGUAGCGCUGUGGGUUAAACCACAGAGCCUGGGACUUGCCAAUCAGAAGGUUGGCAGUUCAAAUCCCCGCAACGGGGUAAGCCCCCGUUGCUUGGUCCCUGCUCCUGCCAACCUAGCAGUUCGAAAGCACAUCAAAAUGCAAGUAGAUAAAUAGGUACCACUCCAGCGGGAAGGUAAACUGUGUUUCCGUGCGCUGCUCUGGUUCGCCAGAAGCGGCUUAGUCAUGCUGGCCACAUGACCCGGAAGCUGUACGACAGUUCCCUUGGCCAAUAAAGCGAGAUGAGCGCCACAACCCCAGAGUCGGCCACGACUGGACCUAAUGGUCAGGGGUCCCUUUACCUUUACCUUUACCUCCCAGUUCCUAGUCCAACACCACACUGGUUCUCUUUCAGUAGCAACAUGCUGAAGGCUGCAGAGGAAACCUGUGCUAGAGGCAGGACCCAAAGCCUAUCCUUCCUUGCUUGCUUGCUUGCUUGCUUGUUCGCUACAGGAAUUCGUUCAGAUGAAAGGCUACCCUCCGAGCACUAACCUGGAGACGGUUCAUGACGGGGCAGAGUCAGCCAUGUUCAAGCAGCUGUUCCAGAAAUGGACAGUCCAGGACCAGACUGUGGGGCUAGGAAGAACCUACAACGUUGGCAAAAUUGGUAAGGAUGUGCAGAGACAUGCCUCGGAUCCUUUGGGCCAUUGGCAAGGAGCUGCGUAGACACCUCCCUCUCCAUCCCUGGUUCAGGCCAAUUCUGGUUUGCAUUCUGUCAUUCCCAGUUGCCGUUGUCUGGAGGCACAGGUCAAUUCUGCGUCCAGGGCAGCUGUCUACCAGCUCCACCUGGUACACAGGCUGAGACCCUACCUGCCCGCAGACUGUCUUGCCAGAGUGGUGCAUGCUCUAGUUAUCUCCCGUUUGGACUACUGUAAUGCACUCUGUGUGGGGACCCGGAAGUAAUGGAAUGCAUUACUUCCGGGUUUUGCCAGUCGCGCAUGCACAGACGCUCAAAAUGACAUCACGCGCAUGCGCAGAAGUGGCGAAUCGCGAUCCGCGCAUGCGCAGACGCUGGUUGCGUUCUGCUCUGGAUAUGAAUGGGGUCCUGGAACAGAUCCCAUUCAUCUCCAGAGGUACCACUGUAAGUUUCCGAGCACAAUUCAAAGUGUUGGUGCUGACCUUUAAAGCCCUAAACCAGGCUCCCUCAAACUUGGCCCUCCAGAUGUUUUGAGACACAGUUCCCAUCAUCCCUGACCACUGGUCCUGCUAGCUAGGGAUCAUGGGAGUUGUAGGCCAAAAACAUCUGGAGGGCCGAGUUUGAGGAAGCCUGCCCUGAACAGGCUCGACGCAGUAUACCUGAAGGAGCGUCUCUACCCCCAUCGUUCUGGAAAUUGAGGUCCAGCUCUGAGAGCCUUCUGGCAGUUCCCUCACAGCGAGAAGUGAGGUUACAGGGAACCAGGCAGAGGGCCUUCUGGGUAGUGGCGCUCACCCUGUGGAACACCCUCUCAUCAGACGUCAAGGAAAUCCGGAUGGGCAGAAUAUAAAUAAUAAAUUAUUAUUAUUAUCAUUAUUAGGAUGAUUAGGAUCUUUAGGUUUUCAGCAAUUUUGGCCAAGAGGUUGCAAUUUCUCCUAGCCUUGUUGCGACCCUUGUACUUGUCUCCAGGCCCAAGGGAUCAUGACCCCCACUUGGCAAAACCUCGUUCUGAUGGAUGCCAGCUGCUUCCUCCCUUUGACAGAUGUUUCCUUUCCAGCUAAGGUCGCCCAAGAGAAAUUUGAUGCCACCCUCUUGCACGCCCGACCAGAGUUGGCAGCCCAGGAGAGAAUGGUAGAUAGCGGGGAAGGAAAAGUGGAGGUAAGAGUUAUGAGCCCCAAUCCCAGAAUGGAAGCUCGAUUUCUUGUUGGCUCUCUAGUGAGUACAGUGGAAGAAGAAGAGUUUGGAUUUGAUAUCCCGCUUUAUCACUACCCGAAGGAGUCUCAAAGCGGCUAACAUUCUCCUUUCCCUUCCUCCCCCACAACAAACACUCUGUGAGGUGAAUGGGGCUGAGAGACUUCAAAGAAGUGUGACUAGCCCAAGGUCACCCAGCAGCUGCAUGUGGAAGAGCGGAGACGCAAACCCGGUUCACCAGAUUACGAGUCCGAGACUCUUAACCACUACACCACACUGCCUCUUGGUACCUCAGGUUACGAAUUUAAUUCAUUCCAGAGGGCCAUUUUUUUAUUAUUAAUUAAAUUUUAUUUAACAUAAUUAUCACAAAAUACAAGCAAAAUACAUACAAAUACAUGCAUACAUAUAUUUUUCAGAUAAGCGCACAUAUAUAAAAAAGAACAAAAAAGAAAAAAGGAAGAAAAGAAAAAGAAAAAAUAAGAAGAAAAAUUGGAAGAAGAAGAAAAAUUGGAAGAAUUUCUUUCCAAUUUAUUCUACAAAUAUCCCGGAGGUCCAUUCUUAACUCACAACUGUUCUUAACCUGAGGCGCGCUUUCGCUAAUGGGGCCUCCUGCUGCCGCCGUGCCACCGGCAUGCGAUUUUCGUUCUCAUCCUGGGGCAAAGUUUGUAACCCGAGGUACUACCUCCGGGUUAGCGGCGUUUGAACCCAAGGUGUUUGUAACCCGAGGUACCACUGUAGAAGUGCCCCACAUUUGCAUACAAUAUUUUUCUCUUCUUUUAUAUUUCCAAAAUAACAUACUAGCACAGAGGUGAUUGAUAUUCUCCAGUAGUGAAUGAUUGUGGUACUCUGAUACUGGAAGUGAGGUUGGACGAGUCACAAUCACCUUGGCUGCCAUUGGCUUAGCGCAAGCAUAGGCAAACUCCGGCCCUCCAGAUGUUUGGGACUACAAUUCCCAUCAUCCCUGACCAGUGGUCCUGUUAGCUAGGGAUGAUGGGAAUUGUAGUCCCAAACAUCUGGAGGGCCGGGGUUUGCCUAUGCCUGGCUUAGCUGCUGUGAUGUCACACAGAGGGGUCUGGCAGCCUAAGGCUUAGCAACCGGAGGGGAGGGGAUUUGCAAAGCCUUAGAAGUCAUUAGCAACAAACUGCUGAAAACUUGCUGUUUAGGAAUACGAAUAGCAUUCAUCUGUAAUGUUUCUAACAUAUUGCUUUUGCACCCUUCCCCCAAGUUUCUACAAAAGGUUUUUUAAAAUAAAUAAUAACUGCCAUUUCGUGGCAGGAAAAGGCAAUUUCAAUGCAGCCAGAAAUGUUCAGAGUAGGAAAAACUGCAUUGUUGUCUUAAUUGGCACCAUAUAAUCUGGGUACAGAAUGCGAUUGUUUAGCUCUUAGGAGUUGAUGUUCCUUGGAAUUUAUUUUGUGUUCAUUCACAAGUCACAAGAGCUGAGAUGUUGGAAGUGUGAAAUCUACAGUAAAAGGUAAAGGCAAAGGGACCCCUGACCAUUAGGUCCAGUUGUGGCCAACUCUGGGGUUGCGGCACUCAUCUCGCUUUAUUGGCCAAGGGAGCCAGCAUACAGCUUCUGGGUCAUGUGGCCAGCAUGACUAAACUGCUUUCUGGUGAACCAGAGCAGCGCACGGAAACACCGUUUACCUUCCCGCCAGAGCGGUACCUGUUUAUCUACUUGCACUUUGACAUGCUUUCGAACUGCUAGGUUGGCAGGAGCAGGGACCGAGCAACGGGAAGUCACCCCGUUGCGGGGAUUCGAACUGCCAACCUUCUGAUCGGCAAGUCCUAGGCUCUGUGGUUUAGACCACAGCGCCACCCGAAAUCUACAGUAUGCUUGCUCAAAAGUAUCUUUGCGUGCAGCACUAGAAGUAACGAAGGAAACACAGGGAUCCCAAUCCUGUGCUUAACUUGUCCAGUGUUUUUGGGGAGAAUUGGUGGGCAGAAGAAGAGGUGCUUAUCCUUAUCCCUGCUCACUGAUUCUGCUUUGCAAGUGCCACUGUCAGCUAUUUUUAAUUCCCCUACUGCCACUGCCCACUGCCAUGUCAGCUUGUGAAACUAGAAUCAUAGAAUCAUAGAAUCAUAGAAUCAUAGAAUCAUAGAGUUGGAAGAGACCACAAGGGCCAUUGAGUCCAACCCCCUGCCAAGCAGGAAACACCAUCAGAGCACAACUGACAUAUGGUUGUCAAGCCUCUGCUUAAAGACCUCCAAAGAAGGAGACUCCACCACACUCCUUGGCAGCAAAUUCCACUGUCGAACAGCUCUUACUGUCAGGAAGUUCUUCCUAAUGUUUAGGUGGAAUCUUCUUUCUUGUAGUUUGGAUCCAUUGCUCCGUGUCCGCUUCUCUGGAGCAGCAGAAAACAACCUUUCUCCCUCCUCUAUGUGACAUCCUUUUAUAUACUAUUUGAACAUGGCUAUCAUAUCACCCCUUAACCUCCUCUUCUCCAGGCUAAACAUGCCCAGCUCCCUUAGCCAUUCCUCAUAAGGUAUUGUUUCCAGGCCUUUGACCAUUUUGGUUGCCCUCCUCUGGACACGUUCCAGUUUGUCAGUGUCCUUCUUGAAUUGUGGUGCCCAGAACUGGACACAGUACUCCAGGUGAGGUCUGACCAGAGCAGAAUACAGUGGCACUAUUACUUCCCUUGGAGCGAGCCUGGUCAGAAAAGCAGCCCUGAGGAUGUUUUUAGGGGGGAAUCAGUGAUGUGCCAGCACCAGAGGGAUAAUGAGUUGCUUCUACCUGCUCACCUGCCGGUCUAACCCUGCGUGAGUCCCCUUGCCCUACAUUUCAAUUAAUCUCAGCAAAACAAGUGUUAAGGUAGCAAUGAAAGGAUCUGUCAGUUGUGGUUCUCUGGGCUUCCCUUUUUUUCCAGUCUUAAAUUCAGUUCUCCACGUUUAAUGCCACAAUUUGCAUUUUUAAAAAAAUCCUCAUGAAAAUUCAUCAGCAUUUUAGUGCAAAUUUCUCCCAAUAAAGAAAUUUUUGUAUGCCGUUUUAACUCUUGUCCAUAUUUUCGCAAGCAUUUCCUCCCUAAUUUUAUGCAUUUUUGCAUGCUACCUUCACUAAUCAUCUUUAUUACAGUAUAUGUAUUUGAAUCUAUCGUCUUUGAUAAAAUGCGUGCUGCAAUAUGAAUUUUCGUGCAGUUUUCUUUUUUAGAAAGCAGAUAAAUGCCCAAACAUGGGCCAGAAAUAGGUUGGUUAACCUAGGUUAUGACUGCACAUUUGCUGAGAUAACAUCUAGUUCCACUCUCUGUUUUGUUAUCUCUAGGUCUGGAGGGUUGAGAACCUGGAGCUGGCGCCAGUGGACCAUCGAUGGCAUGGAUUCUUCUACGGUGGAGACUGCUACUUAGUCCUGUACACCUAUGAGGUCAACAGGAAACCCCAUUACAUCUUGUACAUUUGGCAGGUAAGUGAACAGCUUCAGAUGAGGAAGGCCCUGUUUCUGUUGACUUCCCAGAGGAGUUGGCUUCAGAAGUCUUAGGUGCUGCUACCAAAUGUUCCUUUCAAUUGUCCAUGGUGUACAGGUAAUGGUGGCUGUAAACUAUGGUUAGGGAAAUUGGCUGGUGCACAAACUGCAUAUAGCGCACACAGUCCUUGCGCUCUGCUCCCUCCCGCCAUAGAGUUUGAAAUGCUUGUGUUACCCCCAGGACACAACCCUUUUGGAUGGAUGAGACUGAGAGAGGUUGACUGGCUCAGAGUCGCCCAAUAACUUUCAUGGCUCCGUUGAGGAUUUGUACUUGAGUCUCUUAAAUCCAAUAUGGCUAAUGAGAGCCUACGUUGGAGACCCUCACUCAGCGUGGCGGUAAUGUGCAGCUAUACUCACCGCAUGCUAGAUCUCCCUGUGCUUCAGGGGCUGUUGAAUAUAAGGGUAGUGAAAGCGCAGCUAAGAAGGUCAAAUCAUAUAUAUAACUGACACCCCCCUUCUUUGGAAAUUAAACCAAUGUCCAGACUCUAACAUGCAAAAACUUUACUUGCAGAAACUGUUAAUUAUAGAUGAAUUAAAACAUAAUAUUUACAGUUGCAUGCUCAUCCAAGCAUGGGCCUACAUGUAUUUAUUUUUUACACUGUAGCCGUUGCUUUAAUUUCAUUUUUGUAUUAUUCUCUUGUAUUCAUGGAUGCAUAUUUGUACUUAACUUCACACUGAAUUGAAGCCACUUUGUGUUCUUCCUAAAAGAGGCUCCUGGGAGGCCGGACGGACAUUGCUGGAACAACUCUUGGGUUGGGGCAACUGGCUAAAAGGUUUUAAAAUGUUUUAAACGGUUCUAAAUUUGGUUCCUUUUUUGUUUUGGUCAGGUUGAUGUUGGUUAAAUGUUUAGUUGGGGUUGGCAGUUAUUUUAAUUUGGGUAUAACCGUAAACUGGUUGUUGUUGUUGUUGUUUUCUAUUAAUUUAUUGGCUUGUUUGUUGCUCGUAUAGGAUAUUUUGUUUUUUAAUGUUUGAUGCUUUGUUGUGUUUUUAUAUAUGUUGUAAGCCCGCCCAGAGUGGCUCGCGAAACCCAGCAAGAUGGGCAGGAUAUAAAUUUAAAAAUUCUUAUUAUUAUUACAGUCUCUUCUUCUAACUUCCAAACAGCAGUGUUUUCCUGUCUUUCCAGAGCCCAGCACUCUGCUUUCUUUCUCUCAGUUAGGCCAUGCCUUGCAGCUCCUAUGAGAGAUUUACCUUCUCCAUUUUACCUGCUCCCUUAAGCCGAGAAGAAACACUCUAACACUCUAUUCAACUGAGCAGUGUUCACAGUGGAUUCUAAAACACAGUCAUCUUGCUUCCCAUAAAAUGAAGUCUCUCCUUCACUAUUUCCCUCCCAUGUGACCAACCUUAACUAAUCACAUGAGAACCGCUGUUGUUGUUGUUUAGUCAUUUAGUCGUGUCCGACUCUUCGUGACCCCGUGGACCAGAGCACGCCAGGCACUCCUGCCUUCCACUGCCUCCCGCAGUUUGGUCAAACUCAUGCUGGUAGCUUCGAGAACACUCUCCAACCAUCUCGUCCUCUGUCGUCCCCUUCUCCUUGUGCCCUCCAUCUUUCCCAACAUCAGGGUCUUUUCCAGGGAGUCUUCUCUUCUCAUGAGGUGGCCAAAGUCUUGGAGCCUCAGCUUCACGAUCUGUCCUUCCAGUGAGCACUCAGGGCUGGUUUCCUUCAGAGUGGAGAGGUUUGAUCUUCUUGCAGUCCAUGGGACUCUCAAGAGUCUCCUCCAACACCAUAAUUCAAAAGCAUCAAUUCUUCGGUCAUCAGCCGUCUUUAUGGUCCAGCUCUCACUUCCAUACAUCACUACUGGGAAAACCAUGGCUUAAACUAUGCGGACCUUUGUUGGCAAGGUGAUGUCUCUGAGAACCGCUAGAGAACACUAUAGAAUUCAGUUACCAACCAAUCAAAUUUAAACCCAUAGCAAUGAAUACAAGCACUUUCAAUUUCAGUGAAUUCCAUUACUGUACUCAACAGGGACGCCAUGCCACGGUGGACGAGCUUGCGGCUUCAGCCUACCAUGCAGUGGAGCUGGAUCAGCAGUACAACGGGGAGCCUGUGCAGGUGCGGCUGAACAUGGGCAAAGAGCCGCGCCACUUCUUGGCCAUCUUCAAAGGCAAGCUUGUCUUCUUUGAGGUAUGGAGGAGAAUUAAGGAGCACCAUGGAAAAUCACAAACUGAAUUCCCCAGGCGUCAGGCCUGUUACAGCUAAGUGUGUUGCUGCAGCUUAGAAGCAAGGAUCCCGGGACCCUCCAGAUAAUGUUGGGACUUCACAUCCCAUAAUCCUGAGCCCAAUGGUUGGGGGUGAUGGGACCUGUAGGGUCACAGGUUCCCCAUCCCUGCUGUACCUGCUCAAGACCAUUGUGAGUCACAGCCAGAUUCUCCCUGAACACAAACUCUUUGCCCUUCUGGUAUAUUCUGAGGGGCAAAAGUCAGGAGCGAAGGAGGAGACCAGAACCCAGGUUCCCUGACGUCUCAGUGGAACAGUCUGUCCUUGGGUCUUAUUCUUGUCGCUUACAGCAGCCAAGAUGGGAAGGGCAUAGAGUGACAACACAGUUCAUUCCUUGUUGGAGCUUCCCUUCUUUGAAUGAAUAUGGAAGCUUGUCUCUGUCAUCCCUGCUGUAAAAAAAGGGAAGAGGGAGGCAGGGAGUCUUAGAUACUCGAGGAAUCACGUCAACCAUGCAGAAUCAGGCACCAGCUUUGGCUUUUCAUGUUUUUCCCUUUCUCCCGCCUUUCUUUUAAAAAGGAAAAAAAAGAGAGAGAUUAUAGUCCUCAUUGUACAAGCAAUAUCUUCUGAAAGUUGAAAAAAACAAAUGGGAACUGGAUUUCAAUGGCUUUGGAAUAGGGAUUCCCAUGAUCUCACAAUUUGGCAGUCCUGACUUUCCUGCCCUUCCCCCACUCCAUCUGCUGCUGUCUCUGUUUUUCCUUGUCCUUACCUGAUUGGCAAAAUAUUCCAAAUUCUAGUGUUCCAGCCACUCUGGCUGCCCAAUAUAUUUUUUACUCUGCUCUGUGUGAUUUAAAAAAAUAUAUAAUUGCACAUCUGGAUAAGGAUCAGCUCACAGUUUUUUUUGCAGUUGACACCGAUUGGGGUAGCUACCCUCUCGUGGGGAUCAUAUGGUCCAGACAUUCAUUGAAUGAGUACCUGGAACUAGGCUUUUAGUCAGGUAGCAUCCAUGCUUUGAGAUAUUCUUCGCCUCAAAGUUGGAUGGUGCCAACAAUUUGUUCUUUUAGGUGCCUCUUUAAGCCUUUUUUUUUUUAAAAAAAAAAAUCCAAUCAGGCAUUUCCAAGCCAGCUUUGCUGAAUAUUGUUCUUAUUGGUUUUACAGGUUUUACAGAUAGUAACCAAAUCAUGGGUUAGAAAGGCAUUUCAUUUCCUCCACAAACUGGGAAUUAGGACUAAAUAUGUCACCAGCUGGUAUCUGCAGAAUCAGUGAUGAAGAAUCCCAUUUAUACAAAUGAAAUCCUUUGAUCCAGGCAGGUGUCAGAUGUAGCAGAAGAUUAAAUACUUGUUCUGAGGUGCUACUGAUGAAUUUAACAAUAUUCAGAAGUGCGUGGAAAAGGUACCUGAACUCCCAAUAGUCUAGUGAGUCUGCCUCCAGGAAUAUUUGUGCACUUAUUUAAUAGGAUGGGAAAGAGGAAGUGUUUCAAUAGGUGUCGGUCAAAGGCAGUGCUUUUUUCUAAGAAAAAAAUGUUUAGGGGUACUCUCAUUUUCCUACUCAUAUUGAAAUACUGCCCCUCUAUGAGGUCAAACAUAGAUUCACAAUAUGUUUAGGAGUAUGCCUGCCCCCAGAAAAAAAAGCCCUGGUCACAGGUAUUAAUCUCAGGGGUGGUUUCGCCUUUGCCUUAAGUAUUUAACUCAAGUCCCAUCUAGAAGCUUCUCAUUGAAAAUACUUGUCUGUUGCAUGGUUGAGAAGUGAUAAUCCCAGACCUUUGCCCCUCCAGCUUCUUUCCCUGUAGAUGUGCAUUUUGUAAAUUUUCACCUGCAUAGCCAGUGCGGCCAUCAGGGUAGGACUCUGGGGUAGGAGACCAGAGGCCCAGUCAGGAGAAUGAAGAGGAGACUCCCUAUAUGCAGCAGCGAGCGAAGGAAUAAAUACAAGAUGGGUGACACCUGGCUUGAGAGCAGUACAUGUGAAAAGGAUCUAGGAGUCUUGGUUAACCACAAACAUGACAUGAGCCAACAGUGUGACGCAGCAGCUAAAAAAGCCAAUGCAAUUCUGGGCUGCAUCAAUAGGAGUAUAGUAUCUAGAUCAAGGGAAGUAAUAGUGCCACUGCAUUCUGCUCUGGUCAGACCUCACCUGGAGUACUGUGUCCAGUUCUGGGCACCACAGUUCAAGAAGGACACUGACAAACUGGAAUGUGUCCAGAGGAGGGCAACCAAAAUGGUCAAAGGCCUGGAAACGAUGCCUUAUGAGGAAUGGCUAAGGGAGCUGGGCAUGUUUAGCCUGGAGAAGAGGAGGUUAAGGGGUGAUAUGAUAGCCAUGUUCAAAUAUAUAAAAGGAUGUCACAUAGAGGAGGGAGAAAGGUUGUUUUCUGCUGCUCCAGAGAAGCGGACACGGAGCAAUGGAUCCAAACUACAAGAAAGAAGAUUCCACCUAAACAUUAGGAAGAACUUCCUGACAGUAAGAGCUGUUCGACAGUGGAAUUUGCUGCCAAGGAGUGUGGUGGAGUCUCCUUCUUUGGAGGUCUUUAAGCAGAGGCUUGACAACCAUAUGUCAGGAGUGCUCUGAUGGUGUUUCCUGCUUGGCAGGGGGUUGGACUCGAUAGCCCUUGUGGUCUCUUCCAACUCUAUGAUUCUAUGAAAUAUUACCAUCGAAUCCAGGGGUAGGCAACCUAAGGCCCGUGGGCCAGAUGUGGCCCAAUCGCCUUCUCAUUCCAGCCAGCGUGUUUUUACAUGAGUAGAAUGUGUCCUUUUGUUUAAAAUGCAUCUCUGGGUUAUUUGUGGGGCAUAGGAAUUUGUUCUUUUUUCCCCUCUUCAAAAUAUAGUCUGGCCCACCACAUGGUCUGAGGGAUGGUGGACUGGCCCACGGCUGAAAAAGGUUGCUGACCCCAAUCUAAUCCAUCACCACUGCUGUAAGGCCAUUAAGGUUACUUAGGUGAACCGUGCCAUUGCUCCAGUCUCAUCGUUAGGUUAGCAGCGAUGUCGGUUUGUUGUUCUGCCCUUCCCUCACUUGGUCUUUAGGGCGGGACAUCCAGGAAAGGCAGGAGCGAAGCGGAACCACCAGUGCGGCUCUUCCAGAUCCGUGGAACGGACAGCUCCAACACGAAGGCGGUAGAAGUGCCGUCUGUGGCUGCCUCUCUCAACUCCAACGAUGUCUUCUUGCUGAAGACCCAGACGGACCAUUACUUGUGGUAUGGCAAGGUGAGGCUAGGAAAGGUGGCUAGGAGCAGGGAUGAGGGCAACGUCAAGCAGGAGGGCGGGUGGGAAUCCAGAACCCCACCAUCCUUUGCUUUUCAAACAGGCCGCCACAGGGGCAUCCUGCCAGAAAGGUUUUUACAUGGACGGGUGGGUGUCGGAAUUAAGAAAAGAAAAAUUGGUGAGACCAAAUGUCUGGUAUAGAAUUUGGACUCCUUGCAGUGACGAGGGAACCUUCAACUUUCAUCAAAAACAGCAGUGUAGUCCCAAGUCUCUGUCUUUCAUGGUUGUGAAAGAUAACUUGGAAAUGCGUGACUUACUAUUAUUAUUAUUAUUAUUAUUAUUACCCCACCCAUCUGGGUUUCCCCAGCCAAUCUGGGCGGCUCCCAACAGAAUAUUAAAAACAUGAUAAAACAUCAAUCAUUAAAAACUUUUGUUAACAGGGGUGUCUUCAGAUGUCUUCUAAAAGUCAGAUAGUUGUUAUUUCCUUGACAUCUGAUGGUAGGGCGUUCCACAGGGCGGGUGCCACCACCAAGAAGGCCCUCUCCCUGGUUCCCUGUAACUUCGCUUCUUGCAGUGAGGAAACCACCAGAAGGCCCUCGGAGCUGGACCUCAGUGUCUGGGCUAAACGAUGGGGGUGGAGACGCUCCUUCAGGUAUACUGGGCCAAGGCCAUUUAGGGCUUUAAAAGUCAGCACCAACACUUUGAAUUGUGCUCUGAAACGUACUAACGUAGGAAUAAAUUUCGAAAGCAUUUCAGCUAUGGUAUGCUAUUCAGAUUUUGGCACACAGUGAGUAGCAGCUUAAAAUUAAAUAGAGAAAGGAAGUCACAAGCCCCCGUGACUGUAGAGGGCACUUUGAGAAAGUGCACAUGGCCAGGAACACAGAACUAGGAUUAUCACGGAGCAGAAUGCAGCAGUUGCCUAGGGCAGCAGAUUCCAGAGGAAGAGCACCCUGUCUAUAUCUCAGAGGCGACAGAGCACACAUUUUGCAUGCACAAGGUCCCAGAUUCAAUCUACUGCAACUCCAGGUAGGUUUACAAAAGACUCCUGUCUAAAAGCCCUGGAGAGCCACUGUCAUCCAGUUUUGGGUAGCCAAUACAGAGCUAGAUGGACCAGGGGGAUGACUCUGUAUAAAGGCAGCUUCUUCUAUUCCUAGAACAUCUCCCUGCAGUGGCUGCAUUUGCAUUUAUGAGGACAAGCCAUAGCAACUCUUGGGCUACAGUAGAAACAUCUCACUUGGAAGCUUUUGCUUCCACUUUAGAUUAAAUGCUGCUUUGUGUGAUGUCACAACCCAGGCAAACCAGGGUUAAUCUUAACUAUGGUUUGUCAAAACCGGUCACGUCAGAAGAGGGGGAAGCGCGUGACACCAACGGCUUGCCACAGCUUGUUCUUAUAAUGCUAAACCAGGGUUUAGUGUUAUGUGCAAACACAGCCUGUGCGGCCCUUUUUAUGGGAGCAGGCAAGAUUGUUGACUUCUAGCUCCAAGUGCGGACGUACAUAAGGCCUGUAGUGCCCAGAUAGCUCAGGGGAAAAUGUUUGGUGUCUUGUCAAGUAGUAGACCAGUAUGAAGUAAGCAGCACAUAAGCGGCAUACAAAACACUACCAAACCAUUCUACGUUCUAAAUCUUAUAUUAAUAAUCCAAACACUGAGAGAACAAGGUACAAGAUCUACUACAGAAGCCACAAACAGAAAACUCAUUCAAAUUGUGUCCAAAAGGAAGAUUCAGUCUUUAAAGUUCCUUUAGCCAGGCUCCUGUAGAUAUCAGCGAAGAUAAGUUUGAUCAAACGAAGUGUCAGUGAUGUUACGCACGAGAGUUAGACAGGGUGCCGGCGUUUGUCACCUGUUUCGCCCAUGAAGAGUCUCGGACUUCUUCAGUAAAUUCUCUCUCACGGUUUUGAUAUAUUUCUAAACAUUCAAGUCCAUAUGUUACAUUCCUUCUUGGCUUAAGCUACAAUAUUUAAUUUCUUUCUUCAGGAAAUUCUCCCUCAAGAUUUUGGUGCAUUUACAUACAUUCAACUGCAUAUGCGAAGUUCUUUCUUGACUUAAGCAUUUAUUCAUUGUAUUUCCCGUGGUGUCUUGUCAAGGCAUGACUGCAGGCGUCCCCUUACACCAAAACCUUUCAAGAUUGUUUCGUAGCCCACCUAGAUGUGGGUCAGCAAGCUGCCCUUCCACUUCCGCCACCUUACCUCUGUGGGUUUUCAUUCCAGGGUUCCAGUGGCGAUGAACGGGAAAUGGCCAAGGAGUUGGCCACCACCCUUUGCAACGGGAUUCAGGAGAUGGUAGCAGAAGGGCAGGAACCCCCCGAGUUUUGGGAGCUGCUUGGAGGCAAAGCCCCCUAUGCAAGUGAGAAAAGGUAUUUGCGCCCUGUCCCUAAACUCUAGUACUUGCUUGUGUAUCUGGGUGCUUCUAGGCAGGGGGCUUAAAUAUUGCAAGCAGGUGUUCGGAUAUCACAAAUAUCACUUACCAGAUUCCCCCCAGUAAGGGUGAAUCUGGAUUAAAUGGGGCAGGGGGAGGAUACGGGUUGGUAUUUUGAUACUAAUGAUAUCAUAGGGAUGCUGUGAGAAACUCGCAUGCAUUGAUCCCAUAAUAAACACCCACCUGGAAGCACCCUCUGUCCCCAACAUUAGCAUCCCAGAAUCAUAGAGUUAGAAGGCACCCCCAAAGCGUCAUCUAAGCAAAAUUUCCUGCAAUGCAGGAAUCACAGAUGAAGAAUUAUCUAGAGAGGUAGACUCAACUAGCGCCUACUUCCAAGAGCUUUUCGACAACCCAGGCUUUAAAAAUAUAUAUACAUUAUGUUUUUAUUAGGCUUUUUAAAAACAAACAAAACAAAACACUAUUGGGUUGUGAUUAUUUUUAUUGCUGUUAUUUUUUUAUUACAAUGCUGAAAUACUUGUGCUUCAUAAAGUUUGUGCAUUGAUUGUUAAAGGCAGACGUGAGUCACCUUGGCAAUAUGCUAUGUUGAAGGGCAGCAGAGAAGCAAGUAAAACUAAAAUAAUAAAUAAAGGGAUUAAUAACGGGGCCAGCAGAUCUUGGUCCACAUCUCCACAUCCUUAUAAGCACGUUGGAAGUGAGACCUAAAAAGGACUUUCUCAAACAGUCUCUGUCUUACAGGCUGCAGGAGGAGAUCCCUGACCACCCUCCACGGCUCUUUGAAUGCUCCAACAAGACCGGAUGCUUUGUAGCCAUUGAGAUCACAGACUUUACCCAAGAUGACCUCAGUGAAAGUGAUGUGAUGAUGCUGGAUACCUGGGACCAGGUGAGACUGGGGCAGGGGAGUCUGAAGUACCGUCCUGAAUUUCCUAGCCUCUCAUUCUAUGGUGGCUGUGUGAUUUAAAGUCUCUGGCUACUUCCUGUAAUUCUUCCACUCUGUUUGAGUGUUAAGGAGCACAAGGCAGCCUCCUGAAGGUAUGAUUACUCUGCGGAGCAGGGAGUGUGGAGCAUUGGAGGCUUGCAGUCCCUUAAAAAUAUUGUAGUUUGGAAAGGCUUAAAAAGGAAAAGGUAAAGGACCCCUGACAAUUAAGUCCAGUCGCAAAUGACUCUGGGGUUGCGGCACUCAUCUCGCUUUAUUGACUGAGAAAGCCGAUGUUUGUCUGCAGACAGUUUUUCUGGGUCAUGUGGCCAGCAUGACUGAGCCGCUUCUGGCAAACCAGAGCAGCGCACAGAAACACCGUUUACCUUCCCACCGGAGUGGUACCUAUUUAUCUACUUGCACUUUGACAUGCUUUUGAACUGCGAGGUUGGCAGGAGCUGGGACUGAGCAGCGGGAGCUCACCCCAUCACGGGGAUUCGAACUGCUGACCUUCCGAUCAGCAAGCCCUGGGCUCUGUGGUUUAGACCACAGUGCCACCCACUUAGCAGAAGGCAAAGGCAGUAAGCUUGGUUCUCAAGCAGAAUAAAUGAGCUCCAAAAUACCCCCCCCCCCACACACAAAAGAGCGUAUUAAGUUUCUAGGACUAGCAAAGGAACUAUAGAAAUGCAAAAAUAGCUUCAUGAAGGAUGUCUGCUGAUGCUUACAAGCCACAACAGCCAGGACGGUUUCUUUUCCCCUAGUGCCACUGAUAAUAUGGAGAUAGACAAUAGGAUGCAGCUCCUGAUCCACUUGCCUUGCUCCCCUUCAGCAUCUAAGUGCCCCACUGUUAGGAGUUCUGGGUUUGAAGGAACCUUUGGACUGCCACAGUCUGUGGAUAAUGCCAUUAUAUAGUUUAGUCACUUAACUUACCUGCCUAUCGGGAUGGAAUCGGGAGUUUCCUCCAUUUGUCCUGGUUUAGCUUCCUUACUGGUGUGCCCCCUAAGACUUCUGUGACACCUGGGAAUAUCCUUACGGUCAAAACCAAUGUUUCCCUAGUUUUCUUCCAGGGCAGCUGUAUACUACAAGCAAUGGGUGACCUUAGACUAGGGGUAGGCAACCUAAGGCCCGGGGGCCGGAUGCGGCCCAAUCGCCUUCUCAAUCCGGCCUGCGGACAGUCCGGGAAUCAGCACAUUUUUACAUGAGUAGAAUGUGUCCUUUUAUUUAAAAUGCAUCUCUGAGUUAUUUGUGGGGUCUGUCUGGUGUUUUUACAUGAGUAGAAUGCGUGCUUUAAUUUAAAAUGCAUCUCUGGGUUAUUUGUGGGGCAUAGGAAUUCGUUCAUUUAUUUAUUUUUUAAUGAUUUUAUUGCUAUCAUUCACUUUAACACACCAAACAGAAAAGAAAACAAAUUUCCAUCACCACCAAACAAAAAAGAAAGGAAUCAACUAAUAGUCUUCAAACCAUAAAAUAAAAAUGUUUUUUUUUCUAUCAACCAGACUUCCUGUCUAUUCCUUAUUACAGAUUCUAUAUUAUUUGUUCAUUGCCAUUACACAACUAGUUUUGUUCAAGUUUAAUAACCCUUGGUCCAUUCAUAGGUUUUACACCAUUCUUAAAACUGCUACUGAAAUUAUUCGAGUGCCCCCCCACAAGGUCUGAGGGACAGUGGAUCGGCCCCCUGCUGAAAAAGUUUGCUGACCCCUGCCUUAGACUAAAUCUAGACCUCUGAAUGGGGGCAGAGCUCAGUCCCUGUGUGCUCCUUUUAUCUACAGUACUAUGAUCAGGACAGAUAUCGUGUUGUCCUGCACAGUCGCAUCAACCUUUGCCGAUAAAUCACUACAGUCUGGUUUCAGAAAAGCUUCCUAGUUCUGACUCCAGGGGUGGCUGUCAUUGGACUCUAAUUCCCAUCUGUCCCAGCCAGAAGGGCCAAUGGUCAACUGUCAAGAGUUGCGGCCCAACAACAUCUGGAGAAUCGCAGGUUCCCCCGCUCUAAUGCUCCCUGUUGUCCGAUGGAGCAACUUCUGAAUCAUCGCUCUUCUCUUUCCCCAGAUUUUCCUAUGGAUUGGCAAAGAAGCUAACGAGACAGAGAGGAAGGAGGCAGUGACGAUGGCUCAGGAAUACCUGCAGACCCAUCCCAGCGGGAGGGAGACCGACACCCCCAUCCUCAUAAUCAAGCAAGGUUUUGAACCGCCCAACUUCACAGGCUGGUUCCUGGCUUGGGACCCAUAUCGGUGGAGUGUAAGUGGAAACCAUGCCUGAACCAAAUCGCUUUUGUUUUCUAGAGAUCUAGGGGUGAUUUCUCCCACGAGUGGAAUUCAACAAAUGAGUUUGGUCAGUGGAGGCCUGUGCAACAACUUCCACUUGCACAAUAGGGCUUCUCCCCCCCCCCCAAAAAAAUGCACCCCCUGAAAUGGGCUCUGAGGCAGUCAGGAGAACCCCCAGAACAGUGUCUGGAAACUGAAAGGCUUGCGGUGACAGAACAAUUGACAGUGUGAUGUUGAAUUUCACCCCAUGUGCCAAAUUGACAGAGAGUGGCACACACUUUUUGAAAUAAAUAAAACAGAUAUAAGUUGGGUCAUUUGCUGAAACAAAUACUGACAAAUAUUUGAAAUCUGCAGGUAUGUCCAGUUUUGUCAAUUAAGUUUUUGAAUGUGGAAUUUCUCAUAUGAAUUUUGAUUGUGAAAUUUUCCUGUAACAUUCAAAAUCCAAGUGCUUUGCAAGCUACUUUGGGGGAUCGUUUUAUUGUUUUGAUUUUGGCAGGCAUUCAAUUUGUACACUGUUGAUUAUCAGAUACAUCUGAACCACUGGGAUACUGCGUGUCAGCUAAACCUCACACAUAACACCCUGAGCUCCUUUGAGAAUAUCCAGACUAUAGAUGUGGAAGAUCAAUGCAUUGACUCUGCAGUCUUAACCAUGCCUACUCUGACUUAAGUUCUACUGAAUUCAUGAUAAGGACUUUGGUCUUAUGCAAGCGGGUCAUCUUAGUUCUGAUUGGUUGCAACUCAAUUCAGAACAGGUCUCGGGGAGAAAUGCUUGGGAGUAAAACCCUGUUUCUAGCACAAGAAGGUGCUAUGGUGCCAUAACCCUCUUACAGAUUAGUGGUUUUUUUGAACCCUUGCAGGAAGGAAAGACAUAUGAGCAGCUGAAGAAGGAACUGGGAGAUGCCAACAACAUUGUCAGAAUCACGGCUGUAAGUUGACGCUUUGGUUUCCCCAGUGAGAAACGAGGUCAGUGGCUAAGUAGGGGAAGAGAGUAUUUCACAUUGUCUGUUGGUUAGGAAACAAAAAUUAUUACCUGGGACUUUCUGCAUGCAAAGUAUGAGUUCUCUGUUGGACACAGUCAAAAUUGAGCUAAAGUUCUGCCUUCUCCUACUGCACCUCCAGCAACAUCAUGGCUGAGGCAAGGAAAACCCAUCCCUGUGGCCUUUAUUUACUUUUGGUACCCUGGUGGCUUUCUAAAGUAGUGUGCCAUGACCAGAGGAUGAGAAAUUUAUUAAAUAAUUGAAGGGUUCUCCCAAGCCCAAUAUUCCCACCCACAGAGGACCCUGCCCACUGUGUGUCUGCAAGAUUCACUACUCCUUCCAUUCAUUCUCCCCUCAAAUCCAGAGAGAAACAGCCGAGUUACUCAUCCUCUCCCAUGCAGUGAAUCGCACAAAAACACAGGUGGAUUUCUCUGGGGUCAAAUAAGUUCCUAGUCUUAAAAGUGCUUUCAGUUUGGCUUCCUCAUAAGCAUAGAAUUUAUUUAUUAACUAAAUGCCUCUAUUAUUAAAGUUCUGUAUAUAAGAAGCCUGUACAGUCGUACCUUUGCUCCCGAACGCCUUGCGAGUCGAACGUUUUGGCUCCCAAACCUGGAAGUGAAUGUUCCAGUCUGUGAACGUUCUUUGGAACCUGAACGUCCGCCGCUGCUUCUGAUUGGCUGCAGAAGCUUCCUGCAGCCAAUCGGAAGCCGCGCCUUGAUUUCCGAACGUUUUGGAAGUUUAACGGACUUCCGGAAUGGAUUUCGUUUGCCUUCCAAGGUACCACUGUAUAGGGUCUGCUUCUACAGAUGGCAUUUUAAAAACCUGCCCCUUUUCUGCUCAGGAUCUGAAUGGCGCAUCCCUCACUCCAAGGCCUGGGACCUUGGACAGCAGCAACUGCCCUACCUACCCUCUAGAAGUCCUGCUGUCCAGCCAGGAUGAGCUACCAGAAGACGUGGAUCCUGCUAAGAAGGAGGCAAGUUGUUUAUUUGUUUUCUUGCAUUUAUAUCACAGUUUUCUUCCAUCAUGGAACUCAUGAUGGCAUUCCUGUGGGUUGCUAGGCUUUCACCCAUCUAGACCCUUUAGCCUCAAGCUCCUUCUGUUCUGAACUACUUACCGUAUUUUUCACUCCAUAAGGCCAUGGGGUGCACCUAGUUUUCAGAAUUCCACCCCCCCCCUGUAGAAAAGCCAGCAGAAGUCGCUCACCCUUUAAAGAGUGCACGGCUUUUGCAGGAGGUGGGGGAAUUCCCCCAUCUCCCGCAAAAGCCUACAGGAGCCGCACACUCUUUAAGGAGCGCACGGCUCCUGCUGGCUUUUCUACGAGAAGGGAGAAGGGACUGAAGCGGCCAGUCAGUCCCUUCUCCCUCCUCGGGGAAAAGCCCCCAAGAGCGGUGUGCUCUUUAAAGGGUACGCGGCUCAUGCGGGCUUUUCUAUGAGGUGGGGGAAUUCCCCCACCUCCUGCAAAAGCACGCAAAAGCCACACGCUCUUUAAAGGGUGCGCAGCUUCUGCUGGCUUUUCUACGAGAUGGGGGAAUUCCACCUCGUAGAAAAGCCCACAGGAGCCGCGCGACCUUUAAGAAGUGCACAGCUUCUGCGGGCUUUUCUACGAGGAGGGAGAAGGGACUGACUGGCCGCGUCAGUCCCUUCUCCCUCCUGGGGAAAAGCCCGCAAGAGCCGCGGGGGUUUUUCCUGCCUGCCUCCCCCCUGCAUUUGCUCCAUAAGAUGCACACACAUUUCCCCUUACAUUUUAGGAGGGGAAAAAUGUGUCUUAUGGAGCGAAAAAUACGGUAAGCAGCAAGGCUUAAGCCCCCUGCUGCUGCUCCUUCCUUUCUUCCCUGAUGUUUUUUUUAUAAAGAUAGUGGCUGGCAGGCAGCAACAGUGUGAGCAAAUAUGCCUGCCCUCCUUACUGGAGCCUUCCAAGAGAAAAAAAACCCCAGAGCUCUAAAAGUCUACGAUCCACAGGUUGGGAAACAGUGCUGGAAAUAGCAGGUUGGAAAUUUCAUUCAUACAUGCAUCCUGCUAGGGCUACCAAUGAUUGUACCACACAAACAUACAUUUUGGAAUUGGGGGCAGAAUUCAUUGUCUUAAGCUUUAAAGGGUAAGUUCCCAGAGGAAUGGAUGAAAUUUAAAGACUAUUUAGCUAAAUAUGCUAAGAUAAUUUAAAUAGAAAUACUUGCAAGUACCAGAUUGGCUUAGGAUUUACAUAUGUGAAGUUAUAGAAUAACAUAUCUAAAGUUAAAAUGAAAAGAAAGAAAGAUGUUAAUUGAUUAAGUAAAUUUUAUGAAAAAUUAGUUUUGGAAAACUGUUACAAUGAUAUACACAGAAACUCAGCCAGGGGGAUUCGAGGAAGUCACCUAACAAUGUUAACAAAAGUGGAAUUAUUAUAGUUAGGAUUUAUGUUUUGUUUGUUUGUUUGUUUGUUAUGUUAUAAAUUUGGAAAAUUAAUAAAAAUUUUGGGGGGGAAAUAAAAAAUAAAAGGUAAGUUCCCAGUGCACAGGCAGGCUUCAAAUGACAUGGGCUAUACUUGGCAAAAUCGCUGAAGGCUUGUAACACGGCCGGACUCCAGUAGAGCUGAAGUUAGACCCACUCUCACAAAUAGAAGAUGGAGAGGCAAACUUGUUUCUCAACUGUACCGCUUCAGACUGCAGAUAGGGACUUGCAGGACUAAAUGUGUCUUCAUAUAAAACGAAACAAAAAAAUAAACCCCCUUCACACAGAAAACCAACAUGUCAGGGGGAAGGAGUCUCCCUUUAGCCUUCUCCCUGAUGGGCUAUUUUCUUAUGCCCGACUGUAACUCGGCCUGUUAAACCACUCCCCUCCAUUUCCCGUGUUUAGUUUUAGAUUGUAAGCUGGUUGGGGCAGGGGCCUAUCGUUGUACUCCGUAAAUUGAUCACAUAAAUCGCACUGUUGAUAAAUAAUAAAAUUCUAUGUGUGGGAAUAUCUAUAAGUAAAUCUACCUCAAACAUUCAUUUGCUAAAGAGGAGCAUUCAAUCCCCUCACCCCACACACCUGCAGUCUGAUGUUCCACAUUCAGAAGUAGGUUUUCCACCUCAUCUGGUAUCUGUGAAGACUACGGCCAAAAGCAAUCCAUCCAAUUAACUUACUUCCUUGGAUUCUCUUGGGCUAACGUGACCUAGAGUGGGGCCUCAUUGUGUGUACUCACUGCUCAAAUCCUAUCUUUCCUUUACUCAUCUAGUCACUGUGGUCUUUCCCCCCUCAUCAACAGAAUUUCCUGUCAGCGCAAGACUUCCUCAAAGUCUUUGGGAUCCCCAGGGAAAAGUUUGCUGCUCUCCCUACUUGGAAGCAACUCAACAUGAAGAAAGAGAAGGGGCUUUUCUGAAGAAUAAGCGUUUCUCGAGGUGGAAAAGAUGACACCUGCACUCAAUUCCUAUUGAUUUGGGGGCAGGACCCCUAGCCAGAAGCAGCUGAGCCUGCGAAGGGAGCUGCGUUAUGUAUCACGUUUGUGCCUAAAUUGCGCUUUGAAGGUUGGUUUCGUAUCUUUUACUCAAGGCUGCUGCUGUCCAGGAACUUUAAAAACAACAAAAAACGGCUUCACCAUUGCAAGUCUACAGUGGUGAGAAAACCCAACUCAGACAAAGCAGGCAGAACUGAAUUUCAGAAGAUCCACAGGCAACAGCCGUCUCUGCUCUUGGCUAUCGGCUGCGCUUGAUGCAAAUUAAGUAGCCACGCUGUGGCAGUUAGAAAUCCAAGCCACGCGAUGGCUGGCUGUUUUGUGUGACUUGGGCCUUGUAGAGUGCAUACCUAUAUUGCAAACAUUAAAAGCCGGCUUCACUGUCCUUAAUAACUCAUUCCAUCCUGCCUGUGACCUCAAGGAAUGCUGGGACUUGUAGUUCUGCAAUGAUUGCUUACGGUCAUGUGCAGAAAGCUCUAAUUUUGGGGACCGGGUACGGGAUUUAAGCACACUAACAGCUACUAUAUUGAUGGGCUGCUUUGCCUUCCCCAACUCCAGCGCCACUGUGGUCUAGUCAACUAUUGGGGGAUGUGCUGUGUAGAGCCUAGCUUCCCACUGCAACUGCUGGUGAGAAAGAGGAGCUAAGAGGAAAUAUAAUAACAAUCUAGCAUCAAGCAAUGUGCCACUAGCACCCUCUCCACCUAGCCACACUGAAAGAGAGGGGCAGGCAACAUGCGACCUCCAGAUGUUGCUGGACAAUUCCCAUCAUCCCUAGCCCAGGGGGGCUGAUGGGAGUUGGUCCAACAUCUGGAGGGUACCUUGUUAGCUAUCUCUGCUGUCACAAAACAGGACUUCUGAGCAGCUACUUCAUGCUUGGUGUUGAGCCAGCCCAAGAGAGUUGAGGAGCACCACUUUCCUUGCUUGGAGCAAUUCCUGUAUUCCUUCCUGCCUAAGGGAGUUUGGAGCUUAACACAGUCAGUCCUCAGUUCUCUAGAGCCAAGUGAUUCCUUGUUUCUGAAACACAUCCUGCGAAACUACAAUGGUACCUCUGGUUGCGAACGGGAUCCGUUCCGGAGGCCCGUUCGCAACAUGAAAAGAGCGCAACCCGCAGCACCGCGCCUGCGCGGGUUGUGAUUCGCCGGUUCUGAGCAUGCGCGUGACGUCAUUUUG